CCUGGCUGCCGCGACUCUUGUAGACGCCAUCCAUUAUUUUUUCCUCUCCGACUUUGCUUUGCAUUUCGUGUACUUCGUGCAGACCAGAUCCAUAAUUCGAAGCGAGUCUUUGCUUCUUCAUGCAUAUCAUGGAUCGGUUUACUGCCUUCUCCGAGAUUCCCCAACUGUCAUCCGGGGUUAGUGUACCCCAGGAUUAUGAAUUAUACCCUGGCGAGUAUGAGUCUUCUACCGACCCCACGAUGAGUCAACAUCCCUCCAGCCUCCAGUCUCAUCUUCCCUCCGACACUCUGCCUAUGAAAGGCCUUUAUCCACCUACCAUGCCCUGGACGAGCACGGCAGAGGAGAUCAAUGCACUUACACCAGGCUUCGCAUCCCCCUGGAGUAGCGAAUUCACCUCCUCGCCCGCGCUGGAAAGUCCCAAGAUGGCCCACACCAAUUGGACAAACAUUGGAUGUUAUAUGUCGCCGCCUUACUCCUGUGACGAUGUCUUGAUGUCACCAUCUGUGUACGAUCCCAGUGCUUCCCCCGCUAUGGUCGAUUAUCUAGUUACGCCUUCUCAAGUAUACCCCGAACCGGAGCCCAUGGUGAAGGUGGAACCUGAGCUAGCCACGCAUGUCUUUGCAUUUCCAGCAGGUUUCGCACAUGGGGGUACCGAGUUCAUGAACGGAACGUCGGCCUGUGGCCAGUCGGUCAAGCAGGAGGAGCAUGUCGCUUGUGACUCGCCCAAGUCCCAAGUCAAGACCCGGAAAGCACCCAAGACUAGCACUGGACGCAUCGGCAAGCGACCUCGCAAACCUUCCAACAAGACAAGCGACACCGCGAAUGCUCGUGCGAGCUCGAAAAUGACCGCGAAGAGAGGUGUCCCCGCCCCCAGCCGCCUCUACACCUGCAGUUUUUCCCACUACGGCUGCCCCAGCACAUUUGUCUCGAAGAACGAGUGGAAGCGACAUGUGAUCUCCCAACACAUUCAGCUCGGCUUCUUUCGGUGUGAUGUCGGACGCUGCAGCUUGGACAGCCUGAGCAAGGAGAGGAACCUCAACUCCCCAUUCGAGUCCCUUGCCUACAAUGAAUCCCAUCUCGUCAACGACUUCAACCGCAAAGACCUUUUCACACAACACCAGCGUCGGAUGCAUGCCCCCUGGUUGUGCCGGAACCGGAAAACGCCCGAAACCGAGGAAGAGCGGGAGGCAUUCGAGCAGAGCCUGGAGGCUGUGCGAAAUCGGUGCUGGCAUGAGCAACGCAAGGCCCCUCUCCACAGCCAAUGUGGUUUCUGCGGCCAGCACUUUGUUGGGGCACGCAGUUGGAACGACCGCAUGGAGCACGUGGGCCGCCACUAUGAGAAGGACGAGCUGCUGCACGAGAGCGAAGAUCUCUUGCUGCGGCAAUGGGCGAUUGAGGAGGGGAUCAUUCGGGAAGUAGAGGGCGAGUGGAAGCUGGCUGUCUUCUGCGACAAGUAACUGCUUGUUCGUUGUUCCGUUUGAUACCCCUUCCUUCAUAUUCUUCUAUCCUCCGCUUACCUCCGACCCCUCAACCUACUUUUUCUUUAACUCAUGGCCCUAUUCAUUAAUGAUUGAUGACUCGAUAUCCUGUAUUUCAUAUCACUGUUCUAGAGGAGUGCUGUCUUUUGGGUUUCUGUGUUAUUACAUUGUCUACCUAUACCCAUCCCCGUUCUGGAGCAAGGAGC